AUGGCUCCAAUACCGAAGACCUCAAAUGAAGUGUCCAUUGCUUUUAUCCAUCCUGAUUUAGGGAUUGGCGGUGCUGAAAGAUUAGUGGUGGAUGCUGCCAUGGGUCUUCAAGAUUUAGGCAAUCACGUAGACAUUUAUACAUCGCAUUGUGACCUUAGUCAUUGUUUUGAAGAGGUAAGUCAAGGCACUUUAAAGGUACAUGUAUAUGGUGAUUGGUUGCCUACACAUCUUAUGAAGAAGUUUCAUAUUUUUUGUGCUAUUGCAAGACAAUUAUAUUUGAUGUUCAAAUUAUGGAUCACAGGUCGUAUUAAUCAAUAUGAUUACUUUAUAGUUGAUCAACUAAGUAUUUGUGUUCCCUUUUUGAAAGUUUUAGUUACAAAUCAACUGAAGGUGUUGUUUUAUUGCCAUUUCCCGGAUCAACUAUUAACGAAAAGAGAGACUUGGAUCAAAUCAAUGUAUAGGAAACCUUUCGAUGGCAUUGAAGAAUAUACCACAGGAAUGAGUGACCGUAUUGUGGUCAAUUCCAAUUUCACCAGAGGAAUGUUUCAUAAUACCUUUAAGAACUUGAAGUCCGUGGAUCCAGGUGUGAUUUAUCCUUGUGUUGAUGUGAAUCAAGUUAAUACCCAGGAUGAAGAAUCUGACAAGGAAUUGACAACUUUCUUCAAGGGGGAAAAGUUCUUUCUUUCUGUCAAUAGAUUUGAACGGAAGAAAAACAUUGAAUUGGCCAUUAAACUGUUUGCUAAGUUCAAGAGAUUUGUUCCUUCAACCAAGAAACCAAAGUUGGUUAUUGCCGGUGGCUAUGAUGCCAGAGUUUUAGAGAAUGUGACAUAUUUAAAUGAAUUAGAGAAUCUCUGUCAUUCAUUGAAACUCACAAGUUUCACCAUUAGAGGGAAGUUGAUUAUACUUCCUCCUUCUACAGAUGUUCUUUUCUUACCUUCCAUUAAAACUAGCCUUAAGAAGCUGUUGAUGAAGAAUGCAGAAAUGUUAUUAUAUACUCCAUCAUUUGAACAUUUUGGUAUUGUUCCAGUUGAAAGUAUGCUCUUUAGAACCCCAGUUUUGGGAGUGAAUAAUGGGGGACCCUUAGAAUCAAUUGUUAGCUAUGAGGGAGAAAACUUGGAUUGCGCUACAGGGUUUGUAAGACCUCCCAUUGAAAAUGAAUGGUCAACAUUAAUGGUGAAAUAUUUUCAAGACACUGAAGACAAAAUCAAGACAAAAUUAGGUGACAAUGGUUAUCAAAGAGUAAUGGACAUAUUCUCUAGAGAGCAAAUGAGCAAGGCUUUCUAUGAACACCUUCUUUCAAUGAAUGGAUGCAAGAACACACCAAAGAGCAAUAAUAUUCCAUUUAUUGGAAUAUUCGUUAUUUUACCUAUUUUAUUAGUAUUCUUGGCUAUUUAUAGAGGCCUUUUUUUGUGA